AUGUGCAAACACAUUCUCAACGCGCAAGUCGCAAUCAGGUCACCCUGCUGCAAAAAAUGGUUCGACUGCGCCGAGUGUCACCAUGAGCAGGAAAAGCACCCCCUGCUCCAGAGCCUUGAAAUGGUCUUUGCUUGCAAGAAGUGCAAAAAGUGCUUCCGCAAAGACGCCCAGGAAUUCGAAGAUGCCGACGAAUACUGCCCGCACUGCGAUAACCACUUCGUCAUUGAGGCAAAGACACCCAAGGCAGCCAUCUCCGUUGAGGGCGAAGACGCGCGCAAGGACAGCCGCAUGAUCAAGGACGAGCGUGUCCGCCAAAUCGCCGGACGCUCAAUAUUCGACCCAACAGACGAUGCGGACAAGCUGGGCUAA